UCUUAGAUGUAUUAAUGUGUCGAGAUUAUUACAACCAAUAAGAGAUCAAAAAAUCACAAUGACCCUCUAGUGCAAGACUUGUUUUCUAGAAGCACCUCUUUAUGCUUUAUUUUAAAUUAUUGCGGCAAAUGUUUGUCCUUCGUUGUUCCCAGAUGAACGCCCCCACGCCCAACACCAAACCCUCCUUGUGCUGCAACUUGAUCUUCACGACUCAAAUUUACAUCCCCUAAAAUAAGCUCUGCCCACAAACACCCAAGAGCACACCCAGGAGAGGAGGAAAAAUGGGUAUCAUACCACAAUAGCACAUUAGCCACUGUGCUUUAAUAUCCAUAUGAAAAGGCUCCUUUCAUAGGUUAAACUUGUCCUGUGGAAUUUUGGAUUAACAAUUGCAUCACUCAUACAGGAUUAAGGUAUAGUGGACAUCAUACAAAAUCUUCUGCCGUGGCUGUUGCAUAUGAGCCAUUCUCUUCUCAACAAGCCUGUUGAUUACAUUUAUGUUAUAUGGGUGCAAAUUUGCACAUGCGCGCGAUUAUAGCUGUUCCUGAGCUUCAAAAAUUAUUUGUGUAUCAAUGUGACUUUAAUGAAUAUUUGAAAGUAGGGCAAAACAUAUCAAACGACUUUGAUUGUGAUACAUUCCUUUUUCUAAAGACCAAAUUAGAUGUGUCAUUUCAAAAUGAGCCUUGGCUAUUUACAGGUUUUGCUGUGGCUUCUUUUUAAGGGACUUGAAAACAGGUGGUAGCACCACUUCCUCUCUCCCAUGUCUGCAGGGAGGGAGUGUCCCAUAUGUGUGGGCAUGCGUGUGCAGGAAAUUCAGUGACAUCAGGUAAUGUCUGAAAUUCGGUGUGUUUGAGUGUUCUCCCUGCUACUGUCCCUCGCAGAGAGGAUGAUGAUGGUGAGUGACGACUGUAUGGUGGAGUAUCCCAUCAGUGACAGUGGUGAAGAUGAUGCAGAGGGAGAGGAAAUAAAUACUCCCCCUCCUCCUCCAGAGUUUGCUUCAAAAACUGAGAAUCCCUUACCCAGCGCAGGUCCAGAUACCACCCCAAAUGUCAACAGGGACCCCCUUGGGAUCAACCAACACCUAAAGGUGGAGGUCAGUGAUGUUCUUUCAGCACCAGCACCUCCUCAUCACAUUGACCAAAUGUGGCUCUUCAGUGCUGUUGGUUUUGAGAAGACACGCGUAUGGACAUAUCAUUUCCUGUCCUUGUUUUUGGCUGUGCCCUUCGCUUUCCUCUGUGGCUCCUUCUUGGCAGUUCUCACAUGUCUACACUUCUGGUUCGUGGUUCCAGUCCUACAAAUGAGUAACACCUUCCGUCCCUGCCUGCGGACAUUGUGCUUUUGUGCUGUGAACAUCUUCAUUGCACCUUUCUGUAUGUUUUUUGCUCUGUGCUGUAGUCAUAUGGCCCUUUUAGUGUCAAGCAGGGAUUGGCACCAAAUGAGAGAUAAACACAUUGUGUGAGUGAGUGAGUGAGUGAGUGAGUGAGUGAGUGAGUGAGUGAGUGAGUGAGUGAGUGAGUGAGUGAGUGAGUGACUGAGUGAGUGACUGAGUGAGUGACUGAGUGAGUGACUGAGUGAGUGACUGAGUGACUGAGUGACUGAGUGAAAGAGAGUGACUGAGUGAGUGUUGGGUGUACGAUUUAUAAUGUGCUGUCAAGUCUUCAACACAUUCUAACUUCUA